CGUAUGUAAUUUUAAUGUUAUUCUUUAUUAAGAGAUUAAACAAAAAAAAAACAAAUUAAAUAAGCGAAAAGGGAGUAGGGAUGGCGCGCGUCAUAUUCCUUUGUGACACAUAAACGUAAGACAGAGAGAGGAACGAGUCUCGAGACGCUACGUCUUAAGCCAAACAGCCUUUUGUUUUUGUCCCUUCCUCUCUCUCUCUCGUAAACUCCUUCGUCUUCGUCGUCUUUAGUGAUUCUUCUUUCCACUUUUAACUACCUUCUUCUCCAUGAUCCUCUCCCCCACCCGCACAUCAUGACUCCGACUCCUCCUCCCCCGCAGCAAACACCUAACUCAACUCCUCGAGUCCUCAUCGUCGGAAACUACUGCCACGACGUUCUCAUCCAAAACGGCACCGUCGUGGCCGAAACCCUCGGCGGCGCCGCCUCCUUCAUCUCCAACGUCCUCGACUCCUCCUCCGUCUCCUGCGAUCUGAUCUCCAAAGUCGGCCGCGACUUCAAAUACCACCACGACGUCGCCCACCCCCCGAUCGUGGCUCCGGCCAAGGAGACCACCGUCUUCGAAGCCUAUUUCGAUCUCGGAAUCGGACACUCCGAUCGGGUCCUGAAACGGGUCGCUGCAUGCGACCCGAUCCUCCCUUCCGACAUCCCCGACUCGAGGUACGACAUCGGGAUGGCCGUCGGCGUCGGCGGGGAGAUUCUCCCGGAGACGCUCGAGAAGAUGGUGGAGAUCUGCGACGUGGUGGCCGUGGACAUACAAGCCCUGAUCAGAGUGUUCGAUCCCGUCGACGGAGGAGCCGUGAAGCUCGUGGAUUUGAGAGAGAGCGGGUUUCAACACCUCAUGGAUAGGAUCGGGUUCUUGAAAGCUUCCUCGGACGAAGCUUUGUUCAUGGACGUCGAAGAGAUGAGGCGUCUGUGCUGUGUGGUGGUGACUAGCGGCGAAAAAGGGUGUCGGAUUUACGACAAGGAUGAUGAGACGGUGGUUCCUCCGUUUUUGGCGAAGCAGGUGGAUCCGACCGGGGCUGGGGAUAGUUUUCUCGGGGGGUUGGUGGUUGGUCUUGUUGAGGGUUUGGAUGUUCCUGAUGCUGCUUUGUUGGGGAACCUCUUUGGUUCCGUCACUGUUGAACACAUUGGUCAGCCUAAGUUCGAUUUGACUAUGCUUCAGAGAGUGAAAGAUGAGGUACAGAGAAGGAAGAAGCAAUGUAAUCUGUCAAGCAGCCAUAACAAUGAUCAUGACGAGUUUCAUGCGCGUCUAAGUCCAGCCCGGUUUCAGGACUCUCCACUUCAACCAAAGUUAUUGGUCAAUGGUCACUUAUGUGAUGACCGGUCAUGAUUGGUAGCCUGCAAAUACGAAUCUUUUAAUCACGUUUAAUCAAUCACUAACAGCGCCUAUUCUGAGUUGUGUAAACUUUCCAUGUUUAUGAAUUUUGGAAAUUUAUUUAGUGUAUAAAACGCGAUACCCAGCGUCUCCAAACGCUCCUUUUGGCCGCCAA